UUGGUUGGUUGCUAUGGAGACGGGCUCGCAGCGGCUCCAUCCGGGUCCGCGGGCCGGCGAGCUCUCCGUCCUGCGGAGGGGGAGAGAGGGGGAGAGGGAGGCGGCGUGAACAUGGAGGAGUGGGUGGUGGAAGGCAUAGCGGGUUACCUCAGCAGCCCCUGCUGGACCAUACCCACCACCGACUUCGUCGAGCAGAACUGCAUAGUUUUUGACGAUGAGGAAGAAAACAAGUUGUCUUACACGGAGAUCCACCGCGAGUACAAGGAAUUGGUAGAGCAGUUAUUGGAGGGUUAUGUUCAGGAAGUUGGGAUCCAGGAUGACCAGUUUUUGGAAGCUUGCAGCUCUCCGCUUGCACAAUCUGAGUCGUUUCAGCCUGUGUUCCAACCAGUAUUAGCUGCAGAAGAUUUUCAAGUGUUCAAAUCAAUGAUGGUACAGAAGAACGUUGAACUACAAUUGCAAGCUCUUCGAAUGAUCCAAGAGCGAAAUGGAGUUCUACCUGAAUGUUUGACAGAUGGCAAGGACAAAACCAGCGAAUUGGAACAACAGGAGAUGAAAAUUUUAAGAGAGGUGCUAAAACGGUCAAAAGAAGAGUAUGAACGUGAGGUAUUUAGGAGACAUACAGAAGAUUUGGGAGAAGGAGCUGGAUCAAAUAUAGGACCAAGAAGUGAUGUGGAGAAGGCCAUUUUGGAGAACUCGCGGCAAGAGGAAGCUCGUCUUGCCAGGCAAAAUCAACAAGGAAAAGAGAAUCUGCAACGGGCUGUUCAGAAUUCAUUACAAAAGAGAGCAUCAGCGAGAGAAGAUGUAGUUGCAUCCACAAGUAACCUUGAUGAGUGUACUGAAAAGUUCAUGAAACUCUCAGAUAAGGUUCCAGAUGCUGCGUCGUCCAAUGCAACCGGAAAAAAAAGCAUACUCAACAGGAGCAAUGAUCAACAAGCCAAAACUUUAUUCCCAGGACGAAGUAACAGAUCUUCCACGAAAGUAUUGGGGCCAAUCAGAGGCUCAGUGAAACAUCCCAUGCCUGCGGAACUAAUCUCUGUAGAAAAGAACAUAACCAAUAAUGAGGCAGCAGAGGCCUGGCUACAGCAAGCACAAAAGGAAUCUGGAAUUUCGGGUCCUAUUACAGAACUUCCUGAGAAUGAGAGAAAGCAUCUUCAUGAGCGAGCAACAUAUCUCAGAGAUCAGCGGGACAAACUAGUUGCAAUGAAGAAAGAACAGAGAGAGAAACAGUUACAGCAAAAUGUAGAAAAAUACAAUCAACAAACCCCAAUACAAGCCAAAGAGAUGAAACAAGUGUCCGAGGAAGAAAAGCAGAAAAUUCAGAAAAGGAAACAUUUGGCAGAAAAACUUAAACAGGAAGUAAUCAAAAAAUAAAGGCGUGACUGGAUUUAAAGCUGAAGGAAUUUAAAACAUGACCUUUGAUUUACUAGAGACCUUUGGAAUACAGUGUUUGCUUCCCCCCCACCCCAAAUGAAUACCAGAAUAGCUCUACAGUAACUAGUGAUAGCUGGCAGAGGAUAAUGAACCCCUACAGUACUAUGCUCCAACAUACAGGAACUUCCAGCCUGUAAAAGCAGAAUUCAAUUCUAUACAACUUAGAAUGCUAAUCGGUGUUUGUAUUCUUGUCGAGUGCAAUGUUAUGAAGUAGUAACCAUUGUUGCCUGUAAAACACUGAAAGUAAUAGCCAACUAAUUAUUUCUGGUACACUUGUGCAAUAAACUGGUUUGUUACAGAUG